UGGAGCACUAGUAUCCCUCAUGUUUUUCUUUUUGCCCCUUCUUACGCCUUUCUUUAGUGAUAGAUCUCCAGCUUUGACCGUUGCCUUCAAAUUUUGAUCUAUUGAUUGAACAUCUAGAUCCUUUGCCCCUGUUUUCCCCAUUACCUUCUCUUGAGUUCUUUCUUCAGUAGGAACUAUUUGUCCUGUGUUCGGAUCUGUGCUGACCACUUGUAAUGCUUUCUUUUUGUUGGUAGGAUAUGUAUCUGUCUCAUUCCUUUGAUCUCCUAUAUUAACUCUUUUUUCUCUUUGUAUAGUUGUUUCUGUUGUUGAGCUACUUCCUUGUUUGGGACUACAGUAGUACCUUCUUUUCCUCUUUGAUCAUCUGUUUCUACUUGCUUCUUCUGAGUGUUUCCCAUAUCAGCUUGUUGUUUCUGCAUUGAUGAGAUCCAUUUUAAUUCCCUUGGUGCUGCAUAUCUUCUUCAUCAACUUGUGUCUCCUUGAGUGUCUUUACAGUUGUAUCUUUGGAUUGUUGGUUGUUCUGUAACUCAGUGUCAUUGUAUGCUUUAUUUUUUUCUUCUUUGUUUGCUUCUUGAACUGAAUUGUUGCUGCAUCUAUCUUCUAUUUCGACCAUUGACUUAUUUUUGGAUAGGUUGUUCUCCUUGUUUACAUUAAACUUGACUGAGCUGUUCUCCUUUCUUUGUUUGAUACGUCCACCUUAUCUACUUGACUACUUGAUGAUUCACUUCUGUCAAAGUUCUUUCUAUUGUUGCUAACUUGCUUCUCCCCAUUCUUCUCCUCCCUUUGUAUGUCCUUUCCUUUUGCAAAUCUAGCAUUAUUAAUCUCAUCCUUCUCAUCAGUAUUGUCUUCAGCACCCAGGAUGGCAAACGCAUUUCGUGUAUGGACUGUAUUUCUAGCUCCUAACUGUUUGCCUGUCUCAUCAUCCUCCUCUGAUAGAUGGAUCCUUGGUGGAUGUUUUACUAAUAAAUCUACUUUCACCUUUACCUUGGCACAACUAGGUCUUGUCCUGUUUGCAGUGGUCAAAUCAACUGUCAAGGGCCUUCCUACUACUGAUGCCAUUGAAAAAAUAGUAUCCCUUGCAGAGAAGUUUGGAGACAAUUCAGGAAAACUUACCCAUGCUACUGCUACUGAUGUUUCUUCAUCCGACUUGAACCAAUGGUACCAAAUCAAUGGUCACAUCUGACAACAUCUAGCAUGAAUUUUUAUGUAAUAUGCUAAUGCGGAUAUCAUCUUAACAUAAUCUUCCAACAAAGUUUGCUAAAUCAAUAUAUGUUUGUCUUCAAUUAAUCCAAUUGUACACGGACCUUUAAUUGAACAUUGAUCAGGUAUAGCUUUUCUUGA